CCAGCAUCCGGAGCCGCCCUAGCCGGCACCGCGGCAGCCACAGCCUGGGAGGGAGAAAGGAAAGAGGGAGGGCGGCGGGAAAGGCUUGGCGCGGGAGGAGGGCGGGUGAGGAGGAAAUUAGCUGGCGGGGGGGGGGAGCCUCUCUCCUCUGCGGUGCCGCUCCUCUCCCUCCGGCGGGCGGCGACUCCGGGUUCCCCCUCGCGCCCUCACGCCGCUGCUCGCCCCCUUCCCCGCCCACCGUCCCUGAGAGCGCGGGCGGCGGCGGUGGGCGUGUGCGCGCGUGAAGGACGCCGCCUCUCGCUCCUGCGUUCGCAGGCGGCGGCUGGCGGCCGGCUUCUCGCUCGGGCGGCGGCGGCGGCGGCGGCAGCGGCUUCCGGAGUCCCGCUGCGAAGAUGCUCAAAGUCACGGUGCCCUCCUGCUCCGCCUCGUCCUGCUCUUCGGUCACCGCCAGUGCGGCCCCGGGGACCGCGAGCCUCGUCCCGGAUUACUGGAUCGACGGCUCCAACAGGGAUGCGCUGAGCGAUUUCUUCGAGGUGGAGUCGGAGCUGGGACGGGGUGCUACAUCCAUUGUGUACAGAUGCAAACAGAAGGGGACCCAGAAGCCUUAUGCUCUCAAAGUGUUAAAGAAAACAGUGGACAAAAAAAUCGUGAGAACUGAGAUAGGAGUUCUUCUUCGCCUCUCACAUCCAAACAUUAUAAAACUUAAAGAGAUAUUUGAAACCCCUACAGAAAUCAGUCUGGUCCUAGAACUCGUCACAGGAGGAGAACUGUUUGAUAGGAUUGUGGAAAAGGGAUAUUACAGUGAGCGAGAUGCUGCAGAUGCUGUUAAACAAAUCCUGGAGGCAGUCGCUUAUCUACAUGAAAAUGGAAUUGUCCAUCGUGAUCUCAAACCAGAGAAUCUUCUCUAUGCAACUCCAGCCCCAGAUGCACCACUCAAAAUCGCUGAUUUUGGACUCUCUAAAAUUGUGGAACAUCAAGUGCUCAUGAAGACAGUAUGUGGAACCCCAGGGUACUGCGCACCUGAAAUUCUUAGAGGUUGUGCCUAUGGACCUGAGGUGGACAUGUGGUCUGUAGGAAUAAUCACCUACAUCUUACUUUGUGGAUUUGAACCAUUCUAUGAUGAAAGAGGUGAUCAGUUCAUGUUCAGAAGAAUUCUGAAUUGUGAAUAUUACUUUAUCUCCCCCUGGUGGGAUGAAGUGUCUCUAAAUGCCAAGGACUUGGUCAGAAAAUUAAUUGUUUUGGAUCCAAAGAAACGGCUGACUACCUUUCAAGCUCUCCAGCAUCCGUGGGUCACAGGUAAAGCAGCCAAUUUUGUACACAUGGAUACCGCUCAAAAGAAGCUUCAAGAAUUCAAUGCCCGGCGUAAACUUAAGGCAGCGGUGAAGGCUGUGGUGGCCUCUUCCCGGCUGGGAAGUGCCAGCAGCAGCCAUGGCAGCAUCCAGGAGAGCCACAAGGCUAGCCGAGACCCUUCUCCAAUCCAAGACGGCAACGAGGACAUGAAAGCUAUUCCAGAAGGAGAGAAAAUUCAAAGCGAUGGGGCCCAAGCCGCAGUUAAGGGGGCACAGGCUGAGCUGAUGAAGGUGCAAGCCUUAGAGAAAGUUAAAGGUUCAGAUAUAAAUGCUGAAGAGGCCCCCAGGAUGGUGCCCAAGGCAGUGGAGGAUGGGAUAAAGGUGGCUGACCUGGAACUAGAGGAGGGCCUAGCAGAGGAGAAGCUGAAGACUGUGGAGGAAGUAGCAGCUCCCAGGGAAGGGCAAGGAAGCUCUGCUGUGGGCUUUGAAGUUCCACAGCAAGAUGUGAUCCUGCCAGAGUACUAAACCAGCUUCCUUCAGAUCUGGAAGUCUAAUACCGGCAUUUUAUGUACUUUGUCCUUCAGCAAGGAAGGUGUGGAAGCAUGAUAUGUACUAUAGUGAUUCUGUUUUUGAGGUGCAAAAAAAAAUACAUAUAUACCAGUUGGUAAUUCUAACUUCAAUGCAUGUGACUGCUUUAUGAAAAUAAUAGUGUCUUCUAUGGCAUGUAAUGGAUACCUGAUACCGAUGAGUUAAAUUUUGCAAGUAAACACAACAUAACACUUAAAAACAUACAUUUUCAGCAACCAGUGGCACAUAUUUGAAGUGAAUAGUAGCACAUUGUUUUUGCUUUGAAAACCUAGCCAUCCUACAUCCUUUGGAUUUCUUCACAAGGCAGUAAUUCCUUUGAACUACUGCUUAGCUUAUAUUAGGCAGUGCUAAAAGACAUGUUCCCAUAAGUUUUACAACAUUUUACUUUUUAUCAUUGAUGGGUUCAAACUGUUUACAAGGAGAAGCUUAUAGAUAUACUUGUACAUAUGUGCAAAAAAAAAAAAAAAAAAAAAAAAAACAAUCCACUUGCAAUGGUAAGAAAUUGAAGUAUCCUUUAAAGGCCAUGAAGCCAUAUGUCCCUAAAGCUUGUGUGUGGAGAAUGCUUUAUUUUAUUCUUAUUUAUAUAUACUAUAUUAAUAAUAACCAAAAUGUUCUAAGAUUCUGCCAUUUUACAAUCCUGGAGGAAGUAAUUUACAAACUCAUGCUGAGUUUCAUUCUUUCCUUCACCUGCUCUCCAAUAAGAUGACUUUCUGAUAGACAAAGCUUAGGGCGUAAUAAAGAAACAGGGAAGAAAAGAAGGUAAGACCUGUACUUAAACUGAUGAAGAUAAGAUUGAUUCCUUGUCAUUUUCCAGAUAAAAUUGUAUUUACUCAUGAAUUUAUACAAAUUUACAGAUAAGAACAUUUUAAUGGAUAAACUCUAUAAUUAUCAAGGUUCAAAUAUUUACAAAAAUCUAUUUCACAGGUUAGUGCCAAAAUGUCUUAAUAGAGUAGGAAUAAUAUUCUGUUAUAAGAUUAUUAAUUAUUGACUUUAAUAGAGUAAGAAAACAUUAUUCUUUACCAAAGCUCUUUUUUUAUCCAAUUGAUGGUUAUCGACACAGUGUCACUUAUAAACUAAAAUUCUUUAUGAAAAGCUAGUAUGUCUUUUUCUCAUAUUUGGAAUGAAAGUACCCACAUUUUACAAUGUAGUAUUGAGAAUGUGCCUGCCAAGAAAUUUAGCACAAUGCAAUUUAUUUACCUUAAAAAACAAACAAAAACAAAAAUAAAGAAAAAUACAGAUUUCAAAUCAGUCUCUUUUAAAAAGCUGGAACAUUAGACCUAAUAUUUUAUUAUGAUUUUUCCCAGAAUAAAUAUAAUUUCUCCUUGACUUUCAUAGAAACACUUUCCCCUUAUAGAAAUUGCACUAAGUAUCUCCAAUUUAUUUCUAGUUUGAGUUGAAAUGAAUAUUUUAUCAGAUUAAUUAUGUGUCUAUUUUUGGUGGGUUAAUUUUAAAAAGAAUUCAUUUUAAAAAAUAAUUAUUUUCAGAGACCAAAUUAAAGACAAUAAAAAAUGACUAUCACAUAAAAUUCCUCAUUAAAAAAAGAGAUCUUAAAUUAUGUUGGCUCUCCCUCAAAACUAUUAAAUUAGAAAAUGAAAUUAAAGCUCCAGGUUGUAGAGGCUGUUGGACCUCAGUUGACAUUCUUCUUUUCAAUCACAAAUCUCCCUCUACUACUAUUCUCAUGGGAGGGAAACAAGGUAGGACUUCUUCUCUUUCAUAGUUUAAGAAUCUAACAGGUCAUUGAUAUGGAGCCCCGAAGAGGCACAACAUCUGGGCUCAGAAGGUUAUUUUUUGUUUUGUUUUAUUUGUACUAUCUAGUAGAGAGCACUUUUCUUAUUCCCUCUGUCCUUCCUUCCUCGUUUAAUUAUUCCCUCUCAGAAUUCCCAUGUUGCCCAUUAUAAGGGGCUUACUGUUUUUAACCUUUAAGAAUGCCUUCUUUAUUAAGCAUUAAGAUUUCCAUUUAAGAGGAUCAAUUUCCUGUUGUACUUUUUACCACGAGACUGAACACACACACACACACACACACACACACACACACACACGUGUAUGUAUUGGAAGAGCAAAGAGAGGGUAGGGGGUCUUGUUAGAAAGUGGCACUUAGCUGAAAGAUCAGAACACAUCAUUCCUCCCUGCUCACCCCCAUACUGUUCCAAGGGCAGUUGUUACAUUAUUCCCACACUACGGUAGGGCUGACUGCAUUCGUUGGCCCUGUGAACUAUAGAAACAACAUUGCAAAUACCUUGGCCAAUGUGUAUUUUAGAAUUUACUAAUUUAAAUGAGUGCAUAUUACCACUCCUGGACAUGAGUACUCAAGAGUUGAGGAUAAUUCCCUCUAUCUUUUUAAACCUAUAAACUACAUUUUUUAAAAAUCAAUGGGAGUUUUAAAUUUUGACUCAUGUUAGAGAUUAGAUUCUGAUAAUGACUAUAUAGUGACUAAUUUCGUUGUUUCAGUAGGAACAAGUCAAACUUUCAAAAACAUUGGUCAUUUCAGUCAAAUUAUUCAAAGAUUUCAUAUAUAUGCAUCCUAAGUUAGGAUAUUUAUGUUAACAUUUUUGAAAGAACAGCCAAUGUUUAUAUUGCUUGUUAAAAUGGAAUGUAUUGUCUAUCUCAAAGAUUACUUAGCUAAAUAAUAGUAGACAGAUUUAUUUUAACAAAAUACUUCAUAAUAUCACUCCUAAUUGGCAAUAUAGUCACAAAGCAAAAUAAUUAAAAUUUCAGCAAACAAUAAAUUACAUUUUGCAUUUUAGAGCUAACAAUUAUCACAUUACAUUAUGGGUUUUUAUUUUGAGAUAAGUUCAGAUACAUAGCAUAAACUAGGUUUUGUUAUUUUUUUCUUUUAACCAUGAAGGACAGUCUUGAAUUAUUUCCCCCAUUAACAAAGUCUAAUUGGAAUCCAGUAUUUUUUCUCAAACUGUAAUUUCACUUGUCCCAGGACACAUAAAUAGGUAAAAAUUAGAAUAAUAUGGUUGUAGAACUUAACUGUCCACAACAAGUGCAUUAUAUAAAUAUAAAUAUAAUGCAAGCACGUCAUUUAAGAUUUUCUAUUAGUCACAUUUGAAGAAAAAUAGAUGAAAUUAUAGUAUUUUUAAUCCAAUUCAUCCAAAUUAUUCUAUCAAUAUAUAGGUAAUAUUAAAAUUUAAUUAGAUAUUUUGAAUUCUUUAUUUUUAUACUGUUUUCAAAAUCAGGAGUGUAUGUUAGGCCUUUGGUACAUCAAGUGCUCAAUAGUCACAUGUGGCUAGUGGCUACCAUAUUAGACAGCACUGGUCUAGAUACUUUUUAUUUUAAGCAAAGUGACACUUGAAGUUCUAUGCUUAGAUUUAAGUGGCCUGUUUUCACAUUGAGGAGCUGGUGGGAGGCCAAAAAGAAAGUGUUUCAGAAAUGUUACACACUGAGUAAAAGCUUAUUGACCACUCCUGCCCAUUCAUGUGCUUCAGAGGGGAAAGGAUUCCUAACAUGACUUCAAGGAACAACAUUUUCCUGGGCAUUACUAAAUUAUCUCCUGACUAAUCCCUCUGAUUCCUGAUGGGCCCUGGAGUCUUGACUACAGCCUAGAGUCUCCUGAGUACUGCCAUGAUGCCAAUAGUAUUCUUGCUUACCAAAAUCUACUGUCAGCCAACCAUGUGUCUUCAUUCAGGAAGGACUGCACACAGAAUCUGAUUUUGAGGCCUGGAUUAAGCUGCAUGCCAUCCUUGUAUCACAGGCAAUAUGUCUUUCUGGAAAUCUACUGAACUAUACAAAAUCUGCAUGAUGAAGAUUGUGUAAUGAUGGUGAUAUCAUGCCAGUUAUCCUCAAAAUGGGAAUAUGACCAUUAGCUGGCAUUUUUAGAUUUCCUUAGAAGGGUUUAAUCAACACUGCCAUUAUGCAUGGAUUUAACAAAAGACUUUUGAAAAUUUUUUACAUACUGAUUUUAGAAUAAUCCUCAAGGUUCUGUAGUCAUUUUUAGUGGAAGACUUAAAAAGAAAGGAACAAUUUUUACUGUGACUUCAAUUUCAUAGUAUUUUAAACAUAUUUUGUAAUUCGGAAUGUUUAGCAAUCCCUGUGUCCUGUUUCACAUGCAUGGUACCUGAUAGUGGGUUGCCUACAGGCUGAAGAUUUGGAGAGAGCCAUUGUGUUUCAUAAAUCAGUUUUUAUUGCACAGAAGCAGCUGGUUGUAUGUCAAGUUGGAAAAAGAAAAGUAAAUGCCAGAAAAGGCAAAGGAUAAACUUAGUAAGCCAUUUAUUUUGUUUUAGAAUUGUUUUUGCAAAGCAAAUUUUUUUUUAAAAAAGGCCAACAAAGUGAAUCAGCACUAGCAUUUUCUUGAUGAAGUUUGACUCAAUGUAUAAUUAACAAAUAUACAUAGCAGAGUCAAUCAUAGUGCCAUUAUGUCACUUAUUUGUCAUUGCAAAGUAUUCAGUCUUGUUGUCUAGAUUUACUUUAGAUGGUGCAAAAUUUCCAGACAGUAACCUAUGUAAAAGGAUUUGUAAUUUCCUUGUAAUUCCUGCCUAUUAGUCCAUAUUCUAAUUUCCUUAUGUUCAUCACUGAUAUGUUCCUGAUCAGGGUCAUUGCUAAUAGUUGAGCACUUACUGGUUGAACACUGUUUAAUGGUUAGAUGUUAUGUGUGUCUGCAUUUAAAAAAAAUGUACAUGUUAUUUCAUUAUUGGUAUUAUAAUAUUCAUAACCACAUGAUAAACAGAAAUGUACUCAAUAAUUUCCUAUAAAAUUUUCCAAAGUGCUUUUAUUCCCCUGACACACUCAGGGUGAAUUUUUGGCUCCUUGGCAAAUUAAAAAAAAAAAAAGGAGUGAGACCACUGGAGAGAAAUCAGCCAGCCACCCACAGUAACCAAGUUCAGCAUUUCCUCUUUCUGUAUUUUGAUCAAUAUAUUAAGAGCAAGUUUUGUCAUUAUUACUCCUUGUGGAUAUUACCUGAAAUCAAAUAAUAUAAUCUCAGCUCAUAGAACUUAGCCAUUUCUAUACUUAUCUUGGAGAGCAAUAACAAACUUGAUUAAUUUAUGUUUGGUUAUUUAAAAUUCCAACUUUCAUAUAUGCUCUGUGAUGUACUCAAGACAAUUGGAUUGUGUGAUAUUAACUUCAAGAACUCAGUCUGUUUCCUGUCAUCUGGAUCAGAAGUCCACCAGGGCAAAAUAGAAGCCUUGCCGAGAAAGUGAACCAUCUUACUCCUUCAAAGGAAUCAGAUAUUGCUCUAGAGAAGACUCCAGGCAUUGACCUGGUUGAGCUCAAAUGAGCCAAGUGGGAGAAAACCUCUUCUCAUCCUCUGAUUGAAAGUGAUACAAUUUGAAUAUUGGUAUAUUGUCAUUGGUCAAUAAUGGAAAAAUGAGAUUCCACCAGUGGGUUGCUCCUUUCCUGUCUUGGUUUGCUAUGCCUUAUCCCAGAUCAGUGUUUUGUUCCAUCCCUAUGGCCAUCAGGCUUGUCCUCUAAAGCCUUGACAGGAGCAUCCCAGACUGGAGAAAUGCAGGGUAUUUGUGGCCCAGAAUUUUGUUUGAAACUCUAAACAGCAAUGCUAAGACUGCAAAAUUACACUAUUCUAAACAGUUGUUUUCAGCUCAUUUUGAAGAUUGACCUGGAAAACACAUGGAUAUAGAAUAUAUACAUUUAAUCUUUGCUUGUGAUUCAUUGUGUCAAAAAUGACAUUUAAUUUUCA